AUGCAAGCAUUUAUGAGCCAGAGUCUACAAGAAGAAGUACCUUCUACUCUUGACCCUUCAAGCAUUAGUUAUGGCUCUGAGAUUCGCCUUGAUACAUAUUCAAUGUGGCCGCCUGGAGACGUUGCAGACUAUGACAAUGAGUACCUUGAAGCACUCAUGCCAGUAAAUAUAAGUUCUGAUUUACAUACCGAAAGAGGCGUAUUCGAAGAGAAUUCAAUUUGGCCACUGCAAAAUGACAAUUAUUUGACUCAAGACGUCCCGGUAAAUGCCAUGGAUACUUGCGCUACCGUAUACAGCUUGUGGAGACCCGAUCUGGCUUAUCCUGGAGAUAAUAAAAUAAAUGAACCGACUGUAAAUAAUGUACUUUAUCCAAGAGUCAUGUCACAGAAUUCAAUUUCUCCCUCGGUCACUGUAGAUCCUCUCGCAUUUAAUACAACCAUUACAGGCCAACAAUUUGGUGGAGAGACAUAUGAAGAGAUACAUAGCUAUGAUUCAGAUCAAGUUGGAUACAACACACAAGACUCUGACUCUCAGUAUGAUUACACCAGCGCUGUUGGUUCGUUCAGUCCCCCGGCUUUUCAUAUGGAUCAACCUCAUACAGACUCUGCUCAAGUCAGUCCAGUCUUGUCACCGCUGUCAAACUUGGGAUCUUCUCCCAUCCGCUCAUCAACUCCGCAAAACCUACCCAGUCCAAUAUAUGCCGACGGUAGUUCCAUCUCCCGCACACAAGCACGCAGAAGAUCCACGAACAACGGAUCAACCCGAAAACAAAACACCCGUCGUCGUACUUCAGCAAACACGUCUGUGGCAUCAAGAGUUUCAUUGGCAACUAAUGAGCCAGUAGAUAGUAUUGAUUUUGGGGUUCCAUACAUUACAUUCGUUUAUUCUGCAAAUCGUGUGGAGAGACAUUACAAAAUUCGAGUUGAUAUUGAUAAUGUCGAUAUUACACAUUUAACUCCACAAUAUCGCAAGACCAAUGCUGUCUACCCUCGAGCUCUUUGUUCUCAACAAGAUUAUACUGGGAAUCGUUGGAAUUAUGAAACCGAAUGCAAUGAACAAGGAUGGAAGCUUACUGUCUUAAAUUGCGAAAUUCUCUCAGGAAGCCGGGGGCUUAUUCAACGUUCUGUUGAUUGUUUCCGCAACUCGCAACCUGGGAUGCGAUCACGUCGUGUAUCUCGUCAAGAAAAACUGACUGGCGGAACAUUACGACGACGCAAAGUAAAGGGUUCAACUAGAGCCUAA